AGAAAAAUGUAUUAAAAUUUUAAUGGAUGUCAAACAAGGGCGACUCGGUGAAUUUGGUAAUGAUUCCUGUAUAUAGGGUACUCUAGUUCUUGCUGCAGCUCGUGUAAUGCAUCGGCGUGUUCAUUUUAACAACUAAUAUCUGUUAGUGGGUUUUAUAUCCAUGUUUGCCUUCAGCUCUUCAAUUUUAAUUAGAAGUGAAUAAAGUACUUAAUAUUUUUCUUUUGUUGCAUCGUAUUAUCAUCAUGCAAUACUUUCAAUCAUUAAAAUUUACUUAAUAUUAUAAAGAAGUGCUUAGAUUUUUGUCGAUGUCCUGUAGACACUCCGUGGUGUAUGCUAUACAUUUGUUGUCUUCCUCUAAUAUACAAUAUUCUGAUUUGAUGUCAUGAUGUGUUGAAUGAUUCAGACAUAGUGAAGUAAUGUCAGAACUUGUGCACCUCUUCUUUUAUGUGGCUGAUGCGUGGAACUGCUGUUGAUUUGGGCGGAGGUGUCAUGGACAUUCAUGAUGACUCCAUCCUGGCUUUGGUUCGCGGAAUGAUUUUGGAUGAUUAUGAGAUCCAUUAUUCUGGUUUCAAGACACUUCACAUUCACUGUCUAUCUGAACUUGUCACAGCAAAUCUUGGAACCCAGGCUAGGAAAUUUAAUCGUUUGCAGCUUUCAGACACAUCUGACCAUUCUCCAAACAUUCUAGUUCUUCAGAUCUCUGCUAGGAUUUCCUUCAAAGCAGAUGUUGUUUUUGUAUCAGGAUCCAGUGGUCAUAAUUCAAGAAUGGAAGAGCGUUUUAGAAGCCUCACAGGUUGCUCUUUGACUGCUCAUCUAAGUGAAAAGCAAAACCAGUUUGAAGAAAAAUUCGAAAGGACCUUUAAUAUCUCUGAUGAGCUAAAUCCUGAAGCCAAGGCAGUAAGUAAGGCUGCUCUUGGGACUUUGUUGGGUGGAACUGGGUACUUUUAUGGCCAAUCAAAAAUCUCAACUCCACCAUCCUCUAAUCAAAAGCUUGGUGAUAAUUUUAUUUCAUAUUGGCCAGCUGAGCUAUAUACAGCAGUUCCAAGCCAACCCUUUUUCCCUAGGGGAUUUUUGUGGGAUGAAGGAUUUCAUCAACUACUAAUCUGGCAUUGGGAUGUUCAUAUUUCUUUGGAUAUAAUUGGACAUUGGUUAGAUCUGAUGAAUAUUGAAGGAUGGAUUCCACGUGAGCAAAUUUUAGGUGCUGAAGCUUUAAGUAAGGUCCCGGCAGAAUUCGUUCUUCAGUAUCCAACCGAUGGAAAUCCUCCAACAUUAUUUUUGGUUUUAAGAGACUUGAUGUGCAGCAUUAAGAAAAAUCAGUUUGCUGCCACAGAAAGAAAUGAGAUCUCCAUCUUUUUGGAUCAAGCAUUUAUUCGUCUUGAAGCAUGGUUUAACUGGUUUAACACUACACAGUCAGGAAAAAUUGCAAGUACCUACUUUUGGCACGGAAGAGACAAUGCAACCAUUAGAGAACUGAAUCCAAAGAUGCACUUUGAUUAUACCUAUGGAGCUUAUUUUGAUUAUGGAAAUCAUCCCGACCAGGAUUCAUGGAUUUUAGAAAAACAACUUGAUCUCAUUUCAAACAGAAGUGCUCUGUGGACCGACUUUGGACUCAAAUCUCUUGCCAAGACAAGCACACUGUACAUGAUACGCAACACUGAGCACGAUCCACCAUAUUGGAGAGGGACAAUUUGGAUGAACAUGAAUUAUUUGGUUCUUUCUUCACUUAACCACUAUUCUAAAGUUGAUGGACCAUACAGAGGGAGAGCAAAGACUGUCUACAGUGAUUUGAGGGAUAAUUUGAUAAGAAAUGUGGUAAGAAACUAUAACCAGACCGGCUUUUUCUGGGAACAGUAUGAUCAGAAGAAUGGAAAAGGAAAAGGAAAAGGAAAAGGUGCGCGCCUCUUUACUGGUUGGACGUCACUUGUGCUGUUGAUCAUGGCAGAAGCAUAUAACGAAUGUUAGUACAUGCUAGCAAAAGGCAAAAUCCUCUCCACAAUUGCAUUGGAUCGUGCAAAUCAGACUUCAGUUGCAGUUGACUUGACUUGACACAGUGUAUGUGAUUCAAUAUCAGUGUUAGAUUAUAGAAACAGGAUCACAGGACAGCCUAGACACACAGAAUUGUAACUUAUAUCGAUCAAAUUUGAAUGUGCAGUUACAUGAUUAUUAUUUUUUUUUGGCCUCGGGCAUGUAAUUCAAAGGCGAUAUGAUCCCAAGCUUCAAUUACGUUUCUGAUAGCAAUGGUACAUGAAUGUCAAAGCCUUGUUAUAUCAAGGUUUUUUCCUCAACUAUCAACCCUGUAUAGCGUUACAAAGAAUAAAGGUUUAGAAUGGCGUCACAAGAUUUUCCGACCUCUACCUCAAUAUAAAUGGAUGAACACAAUACUCACAUCAGUUCUAUCUUCCUUGAAAGUAUCUUGAAAUUGGAUUGUGUUGGCAUAAUGAUACAGAAAAUGCACUCUUCUCAUUUACUUCUAGAUGUAAAAUAAUUUCCAGUUCAUUUCCCG